CCCGCACGUUCGUCUCGUGUUCUCCCUGCGGCCCGGACACAUAGUAUGACCUUUAGGUGUUUCGUCUCCCGGCCAUUUUCUAUGGGAAACCAACAGGACCGGACCAUGAAAGCUACUGGCAGCUUUGAAGAAUGGGACGCCUUUAGAGAAGCUUGAUCUUGGAGGCCUCUGCGUGAGACCUUACAGAGCCGGAUUCCGGCAGAGUUCCUCUAUCUCGUCUUGUUGCUGGUUGAAGGUGCCCCCUUCUCCAACUUUUCUUCAUCUCCUGGAAGACAGCAGAAAAUUGGCAUCAUGGUUGGGUUUAAGGCCACAGAUGUGCCCCCUACUGCCACUGUGAAGUUCCUGGGGGCUGGCACAGCUGCCUGCAUUGCAGAUCUCAUCACCUUUCCCCUGGAUACCGCUAAAGUCCGGCUGCAGAUCCAAGGAGAAAAGCAGGGGGCAGUGCGAGCUGCAGCCAGUGUCCAGUACCGCGGCGUGCUGGGCACCAUCCUGACCAUGGCGCGCACCGAGGGUCCCCGCAGCCUCUAUAACGGGCUAGUCGCCGGCCUGCAGCGCCAGAUGAGCUUUGCAUCUGUCCGCAUUGGCCUCUACGACUCUGUCAAGCAGUUCUACACCAAGGGCUCUGAGCAUGCCGGCAUCGGGAGCCGCCUCCUGGCAGGCAGCACCACGGGUGCCCUGGCUGUGGCUGUGGCCCAGCCCACGGAUGUGGUAAAGGUCCGGUUCCAGGCUCAGGCCCGGGCUGGAGGUGGCCAGAGAUAUCAAAGUACUGUUGAUGCCUACAAGACCAUUGCCCGAGAGGAAGGGUUCCGGGGACUCUGGAAAGGGACCUCUCCCAAUAUUGCCCGUAAUGCUAUUGUGAACUGUGCUGAAUUGGUGACCUACGACCUAAUCAAGGAUGCCCUCCUGAAAGCCAACCUCAUGACAGAUGACCUUCCUUGCCACUUCACUUCUGCCUUCGGGGCAGGUUUCUGCACCACCAUCGUUGCCUCCCCUGUCGACGUAGUCAAGACGAGAUAUAUGAACUCUGCCCUUGGCCAGUACAGCAGCGCUGGCCAAUGUGCCCUCACCAUGCUCCAGAAGGAGGGUCCCCGAGCCUUCUACAAAGGGUUCAUGCCUUCCUUCCUCCGUUUGGGUUCCUGGAACGUGGUGAUGUUUGUCACCUAUGAGCAGCUGAAACGGGCCCUCAUGGCUGCCUGCACUUCCCGGGAGGCUCCCUUUUGAGCCUCUCCUGCUGCCAACCUGACCACCUCUGGCUUGGCUUCAGCUCCAGCCAGGCCCUCCUUUUCCUCUUCCCCUCCUUCCCUUCCCUCACUCCCCACCCCUUCCUUCUCCCAUUUCUACCAUCUCCCUUCCCUCUCCCCACAUUUUCACCUCUCCUCCCUACCUCAUCUCCCCAUUGCCUCUCAGUCCUGAUGGAAUUGACCCCAGUUGUCACCUACCAGGAUCCCAAGCCCCUCAGACCCUUGAGAAGUUCAGCCCAUCUCUUUAUCUUGUUCCCAAGCUAAGCCAGCACGUCAUCCAUAAAACAAGCUCAAUCUUG